AUGGGCCACCUCGAAGCGUACGUCGGCCCCUUGCUCUUCGGGCGCGACCACAGGUUGCGCGAAGUUCGCGCGCUUCUCGAGAGCGCUCGCCCGACGCCCAUAUCGCUCGGGUCGGACGGCGGCGGGGGCGGCGCAGCCGGCGGCGGUCAGGGCGGCGACGGAGACCCGGAGGCUGUCACCGCGCAACAGGCGCGGCUGUGGUCGCUCGCGCCCCGGACGUCCGCGCUCGCCGUCGGACGAGGCGCGUUCACCCUCGGAACGAGCCGCGCGAGGCCCACGGAAUCGCUGCGGGUGCCGACACUCACCCUCGCCGGCUGCCUCCCCGCGCAGAGGGGCGCGACGGUGAAGCUCGACCUCGCCGCGUCGUCGCCGUCGACGGAUUUUACCGCCUGGCCCGAGUUCCACAACGGCGCCGCGGCGGGGCUGGCGCUCGCGGCGAGGACCAAGGGCGAGCUCACCCGCGCGUGGAUCGUGUUCAACCGACCGCGAGAACCGUCGCACGCGCACGCGGGGGUCCUGAUGGCCCUAGGGCUGACCGGUCAUCUCCGGAAGCUGACAAACACGGACCUGUACAGGUACCUGGUGCAGGAACACGACGCGACGACGCUGGGGGUUCUCGUCGGCGUCGCCGCCGCCAGACGGGGCAGCAUGAACCCGGACGCGAGCAAGAUGUGCUUCCUGCACCUCCCCACCAGGCACCCGAGCGCUUUUCCAGAGGUUGAACUCUCGCCCGCGGUGCAAGCCGCCGCGCUCUUGUCCGUCGGGCUCCUGUACGAGGGCACCGCGCACAGGCUCAUGUCGGAAAUUUUACUGGCGGAGAUUGGGCGGGAUCCCGGCGGCGACGGCGCGGCGCACGGCCGCGAGGGGUACGCGCUCGCCGCGGGGCUCGCGCUCGGCCUCGUCACCCUCGGCCGCGGGCGAGCCGCCGUCGGUUUGGCCGAUUUGCAAAUCCCCGAGCGGCUUCGCCGUUUCCUCGGCGGGGUCAACGACCGCGACAGGGGCGUGCCACCCGGCGAGGACCAGGUCGCCGCCAGCACGAGCGGCGGUCAGGUGAUGGAGGGCAACAUGAUCAACCUCGACGUCACCGCGCCGGGCGCCACGCUGGCGCUCGGUCUGAUGUUCAUGCGAACCGACGACGAGGGCGUCGCCGCGCACUUACGCGUCCCAAACACGCACUUUGCCCUGGAACACGCGAGACCGGAUUUUAUCCUGCUGAGGGUCGUGGCGCACUCGCUGGUGAUGUGGAACUCGAUCCGUCCCACGAUGGAGUGGGUGCUGUCCAACCUCCCGCCGCUGCUUCGCGUCUCGCUCGAGCCACCGCGCGACCUCGAGGCUUCGCUGCGGGCGAUGGAGGAUUUAGGCGGACGCGCGGGGGGCGCGGUGGACCGGGAGGCAAUCGCGCAGGCCCACGUGCACGCGUUGGCGGGCGCGUGCAUGUCGGUGGGUCUGCGAUACGCGGGAACGGCGGACGCGACCGCGGCGGCGACGCUGCGGGAGAUGACCUUACGUUUCGUCCGGCUCAAGUCCCAGUGCAAGGACGGCAAGGACGGGCUGGGCGCGCUGAUCGAUCGACCGACGCUCGAGACGUGCGUCGGGGUGGCGGCGGUGGCGCUGUCGUGCGUGAUGGCGGGAACCGGGGACCUCGCCUCGCUCCGGCUGCUACGCCGACUCCGCCUCCGCUUGGACACGAGCAGCUUGGACGCGGGGCAGCAGGGCGCGGCGGCGGCUGCGGCGGCGGAGGCUGCGUCCGGCGGCGGCGGCGCCUCCGGGCUGUCCCACGGCGCGCACAUGGCCAUCGGCAUGGCGAUCGGGUUUUUGUUCCUCGGCGGCGGGACCCAAACGUUCGCGACCGAUAACGGCUCCGUCGCCGCGUUGCUCAUCGCCACGUACCCGCGGUUCCCGCAGAACACGGGCGACCAGCGCUGCCACCUGCAGGCUUUUCGGCACCUCUACGCCCUGGCGGCCAGGUCCAGGCUGCUGCAGACGGUGGACGCCGCGACGCAGAGGCCGGUGUACGCCCCGUUGGAGCUCACGAAUCCGGAGGCGGAACCGACGGACGAGACGGAGACGUUUCACGCCACCGCGCCGUGCCUGCUGCCGGAGGAGGACCGGCUGGUGAGGUUGCGAGUCGUGGGCGACAGGUACUGGCCCGUCGAGGUGAACCUCGCGAGCACCGGCCCCCAUCGCGCCGCCGCGAUUGACCUCCUCUACGCCAGGAGGCGGCUUCCGGUGCAGAGGCUCACCGGCGCGCUUCCCUACGCGGCUGAUCCGACGGGGGCGAGGGCGGGCCUCGCGCGGGCGCUUCACGCCGCCGCGGCCGCGUCGCUUCGACCCCCGCGCGUCUUCGACGCACGCGAGGACGACGACGACGCCACGGGCGUGGCGGUCCGCGCGUCCACCUACGGGUCCUCCGCGCUGGAGCAAGACGCGGUUGGCGUGUUCACGUCGGACCCGGCGCUGCUGGGCUUCAAGAGGCUGAUGUGCGGAGUGGUCGGCGCAGACGACGCGGCGUCCGCGGAGCUGGCCGAGUUUUGCCGAGCCGCGCUGCACGAGUGCAUGACGCGCGAGGACGCCGCGUCGUUGCCCGCGUACGUCGACCUUCACGCGUCGGUGGCGUCGCUC